ACAAAUACUGAUAGUAUUGAUGAAUUAGUGCUAUCUGAAGCUCCUCCUUCUUAUUUAUCUGAAGAACAAGAACAAAUUCGCCCUUCUAUUCCAGAAACUAUUAUCAACGUGAAGCAAGAAAAUUUAUUCAAUAAUGACAACAACCAAGUUGAAUAUAUUCCUAUAUAUCUGACUAUAGACAAUACUCCUAUUGUUAAUUAUUGGAAAGCAGACCAAUACCAAGAUAAUACUGAGAUUGACCCUUGGAACCCCACAACAAGCCCACAAUUUCAACAAGUUCUACUUUUUGAAGAUACUGUAUUACAACUUCCUGGAGGUUUUUCUAACCAACAACCUUGGGAUCACAAUCAAAGUCAACCUACUUCACCUACAGGCUCUGACCAUACUCAAGUUCAUACUGUUGAUUAUAUAACUUUAUUUAAUAAUAAUGAGUUUGCAGGUGAUAGCAAAUCUGAAACAACUAAAUCAUCUGAAGAGAAAUCAUCUAUAGUAAA